AUGGCGGAAGAAGUAGUAGCACCCCAAGCUGUAAACGAUCUGGUAGAUUACAACAAUGUCGGACAAGUAGUGAAAGAAUUGUUCUGCGGAACCGUUGGUGGAUUUGCCCAAGUUCUAGUAGGGCAGCCAUUUGACAUGACAAAAGUGAGAAUGCAAACAUCUGCUGUUCCUGCCAGCGCUACUGAAGUGAUCAAAAAAUUGGUCAAGAACGAGGGUAUUAUGGCUUUUUACAAGGGAACGCUCGUGCCAUUGGUAGGAGUCGGAGCAUGUGUAUCGUGCCAAUUCGGUGUCAACGAGACGAUGAAGAGGUUUUUCCGCUGGAAGGAUAACAACAAACACGGUGCUCUAACACGAGGUCAGUACUACAUGAGCGGGUUCGUUAGUGGUACUGCAAACGCGCUACUUGCCACACCCAUAGAGCAUGUGCGUAUUCGUUUGCAAUUGCAAAAAGGACCCAAAACCACCGCAGAAUACCAGGGUUCUUGGGAUUGUGCUAAAAAGCUUUUGCAGAAGGGCGCCCUGAUGCGUGGACUAACAGCCACAACGCUGAGAACCUCUCAUGGGUUUGGGAUUUAUUUUUUCACCUACGAGGGACUACUGGCCAACGAGGCACGUCGUGGAGUGCUGCGGCAAGACGUCCCAGCAUGGAAGGUCUCGUUGUUUGGUGCUCUUGCCGGUGCCUGUUUCUGGGCAACAACGUAUCCGUUUGACGUGGUGAAGUCUAUUAUCCAGGCUGACAGAUUGAACGGACCACGGUACGCUGGUUCCGUUUACAAUGUGGCCAAAACCGUCUACCGAGAGCGCGGGCCCCGGGUUUUCGUUUCUGGGUUCGUGCCCACCAUGCUGCGCUCGCUGCCUGUGAACGGUGCCACUUUUGCAGCUUUCGAGACAGCAAUGCGGUUGGUGAAAUGA